CCGUACCGGUACCGGUACGCCGUUACUCGUACAACAUACUGUACUAGAUUAGGAUAGCUGGCCACCUUUCUCCAGCUUUCCGAUUUUCCGAUGAUACCUUUCGCCGAAGGUUGAUUGAAUCAUUCUGUGCCUAUUAGUGCUAACUAAUCCAGAAGUAGACUAACAAUGACAACAUCACCUUUUAAUUGGAGCUAAUGCAUGGAUAACAAAACGGGCUGCACCGCGUCAAUCGUUGUUCCGAAAACCCCGUGGUCGUCCAGAACCCUUGCAUUCUGGUUCACGGUUUGCUAAGUGAAUUUCGCAGGCAGCGAAGGAUACCACCAACGACUACUGCGCCACAUCUUUUGCUUUCUGUUCUCCAUAUCCAUUCUAUUUUCCUCACUCUUUGCUCACAAAGGCUCGUCAUCAACAAAAGUACGUUGCCAUUAAUAAGAUGUGGAAAGAAAGCGCAGGAACCAUAACAGUGAUUGCAUCUACUAACAGCACGAGACGAGUUCAGUACCAGCCUUUCGAAUCGGAUGACGAGGACGAUUGGGACGAUAUCGCUCCCGUAACCCCUGCUACGUCGCCAAUGAAAGCGGCAACGCAGGAGGGUGCAUUCAGAGAGCAAGCUCUGGAAGCUUUUAGCCCUAAAGUCCUAACGAGGGACUAUGACUCUGACGUUGUUCUUCGUCGUACUCCUCUUAUUCAUUGGUACCGAGCAAAUAGUAAGAAAGAAUUGGUUUGUCCCUCCAACCACAAGAACAGUAGUGAAGCCGACCAACCGCUGCUUUCUUCGGACGCCGACUUGCUUUCCAAACUGGAUCGGCUCCAACAGGACUUCUCCGCCCUCGAGAUCAAGCAGGCCGAAACGCUCACAGAGCUCAAGAGCACCCAAGAAAAGCUUGCUAGCUCUCGGGAGCAUGAAACCGAUGUGUAUGCUGAGACCCUGAUCUUGCAAGAGGAGCUGGCGGAGCUCAAGUUGCAACAUGCCGAAACACUGAAUGAUCUGCAGGAUACCAAAAAUGAGCUGGAGGGCAUUAGGAGUGAACGAGAGCACCUUGUGAGCUACCAGUCGCUGGAAGAGGAACAUAGAGAAUUGCAGCUAAAGUACGGGGAACUCUUGGAAAAGUUUCAAGUGAUGCAAGAUGAGCUCAAGUUGGAGGCUGCUGCUUUCGGGAAGCAACGCGACGAUCUGGAGCGUAAGCUGAGCAAGAAGGAAGAUGCCGUCAUCCGUACCAAGCAAGAAGUCGAAACGCUCAAGAAAGUGAUCAGCUUGACAACCUCCAUGGUGGCAAUGCAACACGAUCACGCUGAAACCGCUGAUGCCGAAAAGGAAAUGCUACUCCAAAACUAUAUGGAGAAGACUGAAAAGCUUGAGGUUAAACUUGCCGAGUCCACGAAGAGAGAAGAAGAAGCUGUCAUGUCAUUCCAAAACGAAAUCAAGGUUCUCAGCGAGAAAUUGGCAGCUGCGACAAAGGCCCCACAGACGCCAGUCAAAACAGCAAAGGUAGCCCAAAUCAAGUCCACCCCCUCCUUGGUUCCCACCGUAUCUUUCGAAGAUGGUGAAAUGUUGGACGCCCGUACACCAAUGGUCUUUCCCUACGACGAAGAUAACAUUCAGCGCCCAGCAUUCCUACGUACGCCCUUCAACUUCGCUGCAAACGAUUCGGGUACUUCACCUGAAUCAUCUCAAGGCACUUUGGAUAGUGCCUGCGCUUCAACUCCUUAUCCAGAAUGCGGGGAGAAUCGUUUUGCAAGAAUGCUGUCGCUUAACAUGGAUAAUCUCGUUACCAAUGACAUCCAAGCGCAUAUCCAGGAGGAGACUGCUGCUAAUGGCAUUGACCUCUCGCCCAGGGACUUGACAACGCUAGCUGAGUCAUCUCAAGGAGCUUCUGAUCCUGCAUGUAUUGUAGGGGAAGAGACGGAGAAUCAAGCCCUCCCGCUGACGAUGGACGACCCCGCCCAAGACGAAACUCCUUAUGUUACCAAGGGUGGAGGUGAAUUGGUAUGGGUGAAGGCACCGACGCCAAGGGGGGCUUUGAGCGUCUUGGCCAAUUUGGUGGAUGGCAGUGGGAACAUCAAUACUGCUCGCAGUUCUUCCGUAGACGAGAAGAAGAGUGAGAUGAUAACGCCCACCAAUGAUCAUGAUGCAGCUAGGAAAGUUUUUCAGUUCUUUUUCUGUUCUGCAAAUAAUACGAAUGAUCAGUGAGCCUCCUCCUCUCUUCAUUCAAGCAAAUCAGAGCUUCCUGCUUCCAAAGUACUUCUACCGGUAGCCAACGACACAACAUACAAUCAUUGAACUGCACAAGCACAGCACAGCACAGCACAGCACAGCAUGGCAACCGCCACACAACAGCAUGCAUUCUAAUCAUUCCACAUAACCUCACCGCCAACUAAAGAAAUCCCUUGGUGAAGCUUCUCCCUGGCUUGGAUGGAUCUAGUCGAUUCCAUGGCCACGGACAGCUAUCAUCAAGGAAGUACCGGUGAGGCAAGCCAACAUCCGGCAGGCGGGCGGGUAAACGAGGAACACAGGAACACCACACAAGGAGGAACCCUUCAUCAAAGCAAUCGAGAAGUAGAAGCAAACACAAUGUAUACUAAACUCUUUCCUUCACAUC